AUGGCGUCCGUUGCAGGCACCAUACUAAAGAAGCCCGUCAAAAUUGCCCUCGUGCAACUCCUGUCCGGCUCUGACAAGGCCGUGAAUCUCAAGCACGCGGCCUCACAAGUGGCAAAAGCCGCUGCAGGAGGAUCCAAGAUUGUUGUUCUCCCAGAAUGCUUCAACUCGCCCUACGGCACCGCCUAUUUCCCCAAAUACGCCGAGCCUCUCCUACCUCUGCCUCCAAUCAGAGAACAAGCUCCCUCCUAUUUCGCCUUGUCGGCGAUGGCAGCAGAGAAUAACGUCUAUCUCAUCGGGGGCUCCAUUCCAGAACUCGAUCCUUCCACAAGCAAGAUUUACAACACUUGUCUCAUCUUCGGACCCAAUGGUGCCUUGCUGUCGAUACAUCGCAAAACGCAUCUGUUCGACGUCAACAUCCCAGGCAAGGUCUCCAUGAGAGAAUCCGACGUUCUCAGCCCAGGCAACAAGGUCACAUUGGUCGACUUCUCCGAAUAUAGAAAAGUUGCCGUUGGCAUUUGCUACGAUAUCCGGUUCCCUGAGAUCGCGGCCAUUGCGGCUCGCAAGGGAGCUUUCGCCUUGAUCUACCCCGGUGCGUUCAACCUCGUCACGGGUGCUCUUCACUGGAAGCUGUUGGCACAGGCUCGAGCCGUCGACAACCAGAUUUACGUGGGAAUGUGUAGUCCUGCGCGGAACCUGGACUCUACGUAUCAUGCAUGGGGUCACAGCAUGAUUCUCGAUCCCAUGGCUGCCGUGUUGGCGGAGGCUGAGGAGGGAGAGGCUAUUGUUGAGAGCGAGCUGGACGAGGAUAAGAUUCUGGAAACGCGUAGGAACAUUCCUUUGGAGACGCAGAGGAGGUUUGACGUAUAUCCUGAUGUGAGCCAGGGUCAAGUGACGUACGAGGAUCCGGAUCUCCUGGGUCAGAUUCGCAAUUAG